AUGACCGAGUCUUCGAAAGAAGAGCUGCUUCAGCUCAUCAAGCGCUUCGGGGCUUAUCUCACUGUGAAGAUGUCUAGUAUCUUCCCGAUCUCCCUCCACAACCUGAAUGCACGUUCUAUUGGGGCUAUCGCGGGCUUUGCCGUUGCAAUAGUUUUCACCUGGAGGCUGCUGAGAUCACCCAGUGGGCCUCAAAGAAGGCAACCAAAGAGACAGGCACCUGCAUCCAGUAGUUCUGGCAUCAGUUCACAGUCAAAUGCAACAUUGACAACUUCAGGAGUUUCAUCUUCAGAGGACACAAGAGCACAAAAUGUUGUUGAUGAGUUCUUUCAGCCAGUAAAGCCAACUUUGGGGCAAAUAGUUCGGCAGAAACUGAGUGAAGGAAGAAAGGUAACUUGUCGUUUACUUGGAGUAGUCCUGGAGGAAAGUACCCCAGAAGAACUUCAGAAACAAGUGACUGUGAGGUACUCAGUGCUGGAAGUACUCUUGGAGAUCACAAAAUUUUGUGAUUUGUAUCUCAUGGAAAGAGUUCUCGACGAUGAAACUGAAAAAAAGGUUCUACUGGCUUUGGAAGAUGCUGGGGUUUUCACAUCUGGGGGUUUGGUGAAAGAAAAGGUUCUCUUCUGUAGCACAGAGAAUGGACGAACAUCUUUUGUUCGCCAAUUGGAGCCAGAUUGGCAUAUCGACACAAAUCCUGACAUCAUCUUUCAAUUAUCUAGGUUUAUCAAGUAUCAGCUUCACAUCUCUCCUACCAGAACUGAACGGGCUGCUUCUAAUGUGUUCAACUCCCCAUCCUUGGAACAGUUCUUUGGAUGUGUUUGA